UUAAUCGUUAACUGGCCAUUUGUAUUCCAUUGUAAUCUGUUAUGUAAAUCCAGCCAAUCCAAACUGCAAAUUAAACGCAAAUAUUUAAAUCAUUAUUUGAUGUUCCUUCAUUUUGCUGUAAUAUGAUGCGACAUAAUACUGCAGGACCAUAAGGUUACAUAGAGCCGGCCGGGCGCUGCUGUGAUUGGCCGAGCUGGUCAGGUAGCUUAGGGGUGGCUCUUCUGCACGCCAUUUGCGCGCUUUAACCUGGAAAGCGGUCAGGUUCUGCAAAGCGUUUUAAAACCCAGGGUCCAAGGUGGGGAGGAUGGAGGCCAAGGUGCCGCUGUUCGCCGUCUGCCUUGUUGCAGGUCUUCUGACAUGUGAUACACAAGUGCUUGCAGUGUGUGGCAGGAGAUUCCUAGGUAACAGAAUUGUCGGAGGAAAUGAUGUGCGGGAAGGGGCGUGGCCAUGGCAGGUGGAUAUCCAGAUGGGCAGCAGGGGUCAUGUCUGUGGGGGCUCACUCAUAGCCAAGGACUGGGUGCUGUCUGCUGCGCACUGCUUCCCAAAGCUCGCCGACAUCUCGUCCUACCGGCUGUACGUGGGCAGGCACCAGCUCAGUGGCGUCAAUCACCACGAGGUGUCCAGUCGGGUCCGGCGAGUUGUGGUUCCAGCAGGCUACACCAAUCCUCAAGAUGGCCAGGAUGUGGCUCUGGUCCAGCUGGCCACACCGGUCCAGUGGUCAAACUGGAUCCAGCCAGUGUGUUUGCCCAGUGAUGAUGCUGUGUUUCCCAGUGGGAUGCAGUGCUAUGUCACUGGCUGGGGCCACAUCAGGGAGGGGGUGUCUCUGCCUGGCGUGGGGACCCUACAAGAAGUGCAGGUGCGCAUCAUCAGACAAAUGUCCUGUCAGAAGAUGUACCAGGUUCUGGCCUUCACCUCUGACCAAGUGGACAUACUUCCUGACAUGAUCUGUGCUGGGUUCCCAGAAGGAGGCAGGGAUUCCUGCCAGGGUGAUUCAGGGGGGCCCCUCGUGUGCCCCAUGGUGAACGGGACCUGGGUACAGGCGGGGGUGGUGAGUUUCGGUCAAGGUUGUGCCCAGCCUAACAGGCCUGGCAUUUACGCUAAAGUCUCCACCUUCGCCAGCUUCAUUCGCAGCACGGUGCCAGAGAUCCAGCUGCACAGCGCAGCCUUCCGGGCCUGGACCUGGGCCUCGGCCCUGCUCGUGCUUGCUGCUGCAGUAUUGUCUUGGCUUGGAUAGCAUCAUGUGCCAUGACUAGGAAGGGCUGUUUGUGUUUAUUGGGACACCAAAAGCACAUAAGAGCCGAAGUGAGACCUGCCAAACUACAGAAGCUGGGUCUUUGUGUACUGCGAGUACAACGGGACCAAAACACCCAAGAGCUAAUCAUGUUGAAUUUGAUUGUCACAUAUUUGACUUGAGCGACUGAUUGUUGCUGUCUGAAGCAACUGCAGCAACGAGGGGUCCUGCAAGGCUCACAUCGAGGCGAAGCUGUUGCAGCCUACUCUGAAAACGCCAAGCAACUGAACGAGAAACCCUGCGGAGUGGAACAUGGCUGCCCCCUGUUUUCAGUAAGCGCAGAGGAAUGCAAAACACUAAGCAGACAUUUCCAAGUGUAUAGGAAUGGCAGUGGCACAAGUUACUAGGGUGUGUGCUUUAAAGGGUGCGAUCCAGGAAGAGGAGCCAAGCGCAGUGCUGAGGGACACAGAAAUGUUUGAUCGUUCCAAUGUCAACUAACCUUAACUGCUUAUGCUCUGAAGUGGCUAAACCAAAUUUCUAAAAACAUUUAAAUGAGGAUCAAAUAAAUGUCUAAUUUAAUGAUAAACAUUAGUGCCACUAAAUGACUAACUCGACAACAAAUGGUCUGGGAAAAGCAGAUUCCAGUCCAGCUUGAAAUGGUUUUACUAAAAAUAGUAGUUAAUGCAAUGUACAUUCAUGCUGUAUUCCCAUUUUCUAUGUCCUUACCCAUGCAUUCACAUUUUUCUGAACAGAGAUUGCAAACAUUA